CCUCAACAAACCAUUCCAGCUCAGCAAUCUCAAUCAAUCAAUCAACCAAUCAACCAAUCUCGAGAUGAGUAGCUUUCGCUUUCUCAAUCUCGUUCGACCCUUUAUGGGAGUCUUACCAGAAGUAGCUUCACCAGAAAGAAAGAUUCCAUUCAAUCAAAAAGUACUCUGGACAGCCAUCACCUUAUUAAUCUUUUUAAUCUGUUCUCAAAUUCCUUUAUACGGCAUCGUUUCAUCCGAUUCUUCUGAUCCCUUGUACUGGAUGAGAGUCAUCUUAGCUUCCAAUCGUGGUACUUUGAUGGAAUUAGGUAUCUCACCUAUCGUCACCUCUGGUAUGAUUAUGCAACUCUUGGCCGGUGCUCAGUUGGUAGAAGUCGAUUUCACUUUGAAAGAAGAUCGUGCUUUGUUUGGUGGGGCUCAGAAACUCUUUGCUCUUUUGAUUUCGUUUGGUCAAGCAACCGUUUACGUUUUGACAGGUUUAUAUGGACAACCUAAAGACUUGGGAGCCGGUGUUUGUUUACUGUUGAUCUUACAAUUAGUCGUAGCCGGUUUGAUUGUGAUCUUAUUAGAUGAAUUAUUACAAAAAGGAUAUGGACUAGGAUCUGGAAUCUCACUCUUUAUAGCCACGAACAUCUGUGAAUCGAUUAUCUGGAAAGCCUUUUCACCAACGACGAUCAACACAGGAAGAGGUCCUGAAUUUGAAGGAGCGUUGAUUGCGUUAUUUCAUUUGUUGUUUACCUGGAAUGAUAAGACUCGAGCCUUAAAGGAAGCCUUUUAUCGAGACCGAUUACCAAACGUGAUGAAUUUGAUUGCUACCUUUGUGGUCUUUGCUGCAGUGAUCUAUUUACAAGGCUUUAGAGUGGAGAUCCCAGUGAAAUCGAAUCGAUUCAGAGGUCAACGUGGAACUUAUCCGGUCAAAUUGUUUUAUACAUCGAAUAUGCCGAUCAUGUUAGAAUCAGCACUUACCUCGAAUGUGUUUAUAAUCUCACAAAUGCUCUUUAAUCGAUUCCCAAGUAAUCUGUUUGUACGGCUCUUAGGUGUAUGGGAACCUUUAGAAGAAUCAUCUCAAUUGUUUGCUAAAUCAGGAUUAGCUUAUUAUAUUUCACCACCUCAUAACCUCAAGGCAGUCUUUACAGAUCCGAUUCAUACGUUGAUUUAUGUUUCGUUUAUGUUGACGGCUUGUGCGUUGUUUUCGAAGACUUGGAUCGAAGUUUCUGGUUCGGGUCCAAGAGAAGUGGCUAAACAAUUGAAAGAUCAACAGAUGGUCAUGGCCGGUCAUCGAGAAGGAUCAAUGUAUAAAGAAUUAAAAAGGAUCAUUCCUACGGCUGCGGCUUUUGGUGGUGCUACGAUUGGUGCUUUAUCGGUUUGUGCUGAUUUGAUGGGUGCACUUGGGUCGGGUACUGGGAUUCUUUUGGCUGUGACGAUUAUUUAUGGAUAUUGGGAAAGUGCAAUUCGAGAAGGAAGUGGAAUUGAUAGCGCUGUUGGUGAAAUGAUUGAGUGAUGAUGAUGAUGAUGAUGAAAGAUAAAAAAAAGGAUGGGAUGGGGAUGGGUUGGAUUGGGAUGAUGGGAUUUUCUUUGUUUUGCAAAAAAAGAGAUGUCUUUUGAUUUUUUUUUCUAAAAAAAGGUUUAUGUUUAUGAACAAAUUUAAGAAAAAAAAGAAACUAAAUUGAAAUGAUGAAAAAGAGUAAAAAAACCCAUAAGUAUAAGAGUUGAAGUUAAGUAAAGGACCGAACAUGAUUCUUUUAUUGUUGGGUUUUUUUUUCAACUACAAAAGAAAAAGCAAAAAUGAAGUUUUAUAAUGGAUGCAUUUGUUACAACUGUUAUGUUUUUUUUUGUGAUUUUCUUUUCUAGAUUGAUUGGUUUGGUCAUUUUUGAAAUUAGAUAUAUGAAUAGAU